AUGCGCUUCUCCUGCCACUCUCACUUGCUCGGCAAGCUCGAUCUCUCGCUUGCGUUGCCGGUUGUUCUUCUAGUUGCAAGCGCUUCUCGCUCCGAUUGCAGACGUGCUCGAAAUUGCGCGACUCUGCGCCCUAUAGCUGCGCCGCCAGCUCUUCUCUUUGUUGCCUCUGGAGCUCUGCUUCGCUCAGCAGGUGUCGUUCGACCUGCUGUAGUUCUGCACGCCUUGGGCUUCUGCGGCGACUCGCAGGCCUUCGAGCGCGGCCGCAAGUUGUUGGAAGUGUUGCUGCUGCUCUUGUCGCAGCGCAAUUUUUUUCGUCCUGACGCUCGCGUUGCGUACUCUGGACUCAGUCCAAAAGCCGUCGUGGAGGUCGUCAACAUCCGUGGGUCUCACAUGCGUCAUUCGCAUGGACAGCCAGAGGUGUCUGCGCGACCUCUUGUGUGUUGCGACGCCUCGCCAUCGAUGCCGCCGCUGCGCGUUGGACAGCGCUCGCGUACUCGACGCCCCUAA